ACAUGGUCGAUAUAAUCCAAUAAAAUGUAAGUCAGAAUAGGUUAAAGAUCAAAACAAAAAUGGCGACUGCCGUAUUACAACCACAGACGAAUUAUACCGUGUUUAAUUCAGAUACAAGGCUUGGAGAUGACACAAUUGGCCCCGGUUUGGCAGACGAUUUACAAAACUACUAUGAAAAGACAGACGAUUUUCGUGAUAGGGCAAAAUGUUUGGAGUUAUUAAAUGCUAUAAAUACAGGAGAAAAUGUGCAAAAGAACACUAUACCAAGACCUUACACAGCCAUGCCUUUUACUGGUCGGGACCGCCAACACCAAGGCAACUUCCUCAGUCCCUACCAGACGUCGUAUAACAGGGACUACCCGAUCAAGAAACCGUUGGACACAGUUGCAACUAGACCAAUGACGUCACAUGGGUUCCCGCCCCAACUUGGCCCUGGGCAAGAUACGCAUUACAUGGACGAAUUCAGGAGCAAGGCGGUUCGGCCGACCACUCCACUCAGGCCUGGGUCAGCCUCCGGCCAGAGGUCAAACAACCCCCAUCCAUCAAAGUCUUUCCUGGUCUGGAAGUUUCCGAGGUGUGGGCCGAUAGAAACGGAGGGAUCGAAAUGGUCGGAAGAACUGACAGAUGAAAAAAUCAACCAGGUCCACAAACGCAUGUGUUCGUCUACAUAUCAGACGGACUACCUUGGAGUUCCACAAGGAUUCCAGCUGAAAUCCGCCUACUCACAGCCCCCUGACUGGAAAGAUAACAUUCCGUACACGCUAGACACAGUGAAACGCUACUGUUACCAGAGUCAUCAAAACCCCGCUGAGCUCCAGGUACCCAGCACGCGUUACGGAAGUAACCGGAAGAAGCAGAUUGCCGCCUGCGGUACAAUCCCAACAGCCUCCGCGCGCCACAUGCAUAUCCGGAACCGGACGACGUAUGACCGCCACUUUAACGACAACUCGGACGCUGUCGUACAGCAGGUGCGCGAACUGGGUCACAAACUUGGCACAGACGCGCUCCGGAAGUACUACGAACAGGCUACCGGUAACGAACGAGGCAUGGCUAAAAACCUUCUGGAAGCCUAUUCCGGAAAACAAGUCACUCCGACGCCAGUCCAUUCGCCGAACCCGCCAAUGGUGGCGCGUCCUCCUUCCGGUUCUCCUCCGGCCAUGGCCGCUAGGCCGCCAAUGGGGCGGCCGCCGACUGGGCGUCCGUCUUCAAAGCCGAUAUCCCCCACAAGCACCCCGAUCAGCACCCCCUACGUGCCCCAGGCUGGUGCCCGUGACCCCCGGGCAAGCCAGCUCUCAUUCAAUGCUUAUAGCCCUCCACAACUGCUUGGCACUGGACACUGUUGAUAACUGCUGACGUCUAGAUAUACAAAGUUUAAAAUAAGGAUUUUUUUUAUUUUUACCAUAUUUCUUAAAUAUCAAGGAUUAAAUGAAAAGUACGUAUUUCAAUUACAUAAACUGAAACAACAAUUUGAAGAAUAUAUCCGAAAUGAAAGAUAAUAGUUUGUCCUGACAGAGGUUUGUUUCAGCAAUGUCGUGUUACGUUUCGUCAUAAACAUUCCAAAUGCCGCAAAUCAGUUUUCGUUCAUUUCUUUGUUUUAUGUUUUUUCUUCCAAAGAGACCGUUAUUUUGAACCUUGAUUUUUUUCGACAAGGUUUAUGUAGGUCCUGUUUAAAAUAGGUUGUUUUAAAGGGGGCAGCGAAUCAAAUAAUGCCUAAAUUUACGCCGCUUUAAGUCACUUGUUUGUCACUUUGUAUGCUCAGAAAACAGUCAUUGCUUUUAUGCUUACGUAAGCUUUAAACACAUCAUUAGUGUUAUAAUUUUAGUAUCAGUAAAUUUACAUUUUUACUUAGAUGUUUGCAAAGUGCCUAUUUAUGUAGAAAUAGCAAUAUUUUUGCUAAACGAACUUUUAGUAUUAUACUUAAAAAUGUUUGCAUUUUGUAAAAGAAAAGUUUUUUUAUUGUAAAAUAAAUGAUUUUUUGUUUUGUUUUGAAGUUUGCGCUAGGUAGAAACUGAAAUGAUUUUGCUGUUAUUUAAAGCGAACAUGAACAUUUUCUACUUUUCUGAUACCUAUAAAUUAUUAUCAACAAAUUGUAUAACCUGUAACAUUAUGUGUACGACAAUAUAUUUAAAUAUAAUAAGUAAAUUAUAAAUAUAUGUUAUUUUCAAAACAUUACAAAUGUUUGAUGGUAUAAUUAAUAUUACAUUAUUCUUUCGCCAUUAACAUAUUUUCGAUAAUUUAAUACCGUGUUAUUGGUAGAUGAUGUCAAGCAAACGAUGACGUCAUCUUUUCUUCCACCAAUCAGCGGUCUCGAUACAUGCAAGCAACGUAGAGAACCGAGAAUGUGUCGUAUUUCCUCAUGGGGAGGUCCGGAAUAACUUGGUUUAGACUUUUGAAAGUAUGGUGAAUUAAAAAUAUCAAUUUUUACAGUUUUAUUUACCCUGUUGUUGUUUUAACCGAUACAUGUUUUAAUAUCAGUAACCUCAUUACUAAGCUGUUUUAAAUUAAGACAAAUGACGUAGCUAUAUAAUACUUAAAGUUAUUUGAUGUAAAAGACAAUUUGUAUGCUGCAUUUAUUUGAGAUGUUUUUGCAUUUUUGUAAUUUUUCUUAAAAUGGGACUGGCUAAUUAAAAACAGUGACCUGAUCGCCAUGCUGAGGGACCUGAAUGUGGUUACAAAUUUCUAAAAUUAGUUCGUACAUUGCAAGCACAUAUCAGCUAGGACAGCGCUAUGUGUAAAGAAAGAUUAACACAAAUUAAUAACAAGUAUAGUUUGAUUGAAAAAAUACAGCUCGCAUAAAAGUAUAUCAGAUAGCAAGUUGCAUCAAAACAAAAUUAUCUAGCUAAUCACUUGCAAUAGUUUGUACAUAUUUAUGUUCUUAUGGCAAGUUAUUUAUAUCAGAAAGUAUUUCAAUUUUUUGCCUACAUAUACAUGUAUGUGUUUAUACAGUGCGCUUAAGAUAUUGUUUAUCUCUUACAUUGAAAAUAGCUGUGAUAUUGUAUUUAAAUAGAGAUGUCUGUGAUUGUUUAGAAGUUACGCCGUGUUGUAUUUAUUUUACCAUAAUGUUGUACUUUUUCAUGUUGAAUAAAGUAUUCCAUGACUUG